UCAAACAGCCUGAUGAUGCCUCCAACAGUUUCUUGUUUUGCCGAUCUAUAACAGCAGUUUUGUACAAUUUGUCCAGUGUUUCGAAAGUAAAAGAGAAAGAAUUGUUCCUCAGGCAUUAUAAGAAACAAUGAGUAAAAAUAAGCGUCGCUCGGGAGGAGCACGGGAUGCUUCUCCCAAGGCACCACAACCUCCGGCGGAAUCAAUGGAAGUGGACGUUGAUGAUGACGCCAAUCUCUCAGAAGAUGAAGAAGGAGGAACUCGCGUCGGAGGCAUCUACAUUCCACCACCGGUGCCACCAUACUGUUCGACAGAGUGCAAAGGACCACGGUUGAUUAUUACAAACAUUUCGAAUUAUAACUUCAAAAGUUACGCUGGACACGUAACACUAGGUCCAUUUCAUCAGCGGUUCUCAGCCAUCAUCGGACCGAACGGUAGCGGAAAAAGUAACGUGAUCGAUUCAAUGCUUUUUGUGUUUGGAUAUCGGGCACAGAAGAUUCGUUCGAAAAAAUUGUCGGUUUUGCUGCACAGUUCCUCGAAGCACCCCAAUACGCAAACCUGUACGGUGGGGGUGCACUUUCAGCGAAUUGUUGAUAAGGAAGACGGCUCGUUCGAGGUGGUACCGAAUUCGGAGUUUGUCGUAGCCCGAACAGCUUCCAGAGACAAUUCCUCGUAUUAUACGAUCGAUAACAAGCGAGUACAUUUCAAGGAGGUUUCCAAACUGUUGAAACAGCACGGUAUCGAUUUGGACCACAAUCGAUUUUUGAUUCUGCAGGGAGAGGUAGAGUCGAUUUCGAUGAUGAAACCAAAAGCGCUGACCGAAAACGAUUGCGGCCUUCUGGAGUAUUUGGAGGAUAUCGUUGGAACGACCAGGUACAAACAACCACUGGUUAAAAUCAAUGAGCGCGUUGAGAUGCUAAACGAGGAACGUACGGAAAAGCAUAAUCGUUGCAAAUUGGCCGAACGGGAGAUGAAGGAUCUGGAGAAACCGAUGCAUGAAGCCGUCGAGUAUCUGAAGCUGGAAAAUUCUCUUACCAGAACGAAAAAUCAGCAAAUUCAGAAAUAUCUCAGUGAGCAACGCAAGAAAAUCGGCGAAUUAGAAGCGGACCGUGACAAAGCGAGCGGUAGUCUUAAAAAACAUGACGACUCCUACGAGGCACUGAAAAAAGAACGAUUGGAGAAAGAGGCCUUGGUGAAAGAAGAGAUUAAGCAGUACGACGGGUUGGUGAAGAAGAAAGAAGAAAAAGAGUCCGCUUUGAAGUCAUCCCUCGAUAAGUAUACUAAAGUGCAGGCCAAUAUGAAGGCCACAAAUGAACGACGUAAAAAAACGAUGGCUCAGAUUGAGACGGAGAAUAAGAAGCUUCUGGAAUUGAAGGAGGUUCCGGAGAAAAAUGCGAAAGAAAUUACCGAAUCCGAGAAGAAAAUCGAAUCAUUGACUAAGCAAAAAACAGAAGUCGAGACAAAAUUGACGGCCAAUUUGGAAACCCUGAAAGACGAGACGAAAGCACUGUUGGAAGAGAAAGAAAAACAACAAACGGAACUGAUCGAUUUGAAGAAAGCAGUCGACGACAGCAAAUCCGCGCUGUCGCUGGCAGAAUCGGAAUUGAAAAUCUGUCAACACAACGAAACUACGGAGAAGCGCAAACUAGAAACUCUGAAGUAUUCGUACGAGGAGUCCAAAAAAACGUACGAGGAAAAGCGAGUCCGUUUGCAAGAGUUGGAACAAAACCUACCCCAGUUGCGAAACGAUCUUCAGUCGGCGCAGGGCAAACUGCAGGAAAAUGUGACCGAAGAGCGGGAACUUCGUCAGCAGUUGCGUGGUGUACAGGCAAAGCUGCAGGAAUCGAUGUCGGCCAUGCAGGCGACCCGGUCCCAGGGGAAGGUGUUGGAUGCACUGAUGAAGCAGAAAAACGAAGGUCGCAUUCCAGGCAUUCUCGGACGGUUGGGAAAUCUCGGUGGGAUCGAUUCCCGUUACGACGUUGCCAUCUCGACCUGCUGCGGUCAGUUGGAUUUCAUCGUGGUCGAGAAGGUAAACGAUGCUCAGGCGUGCAUCGAUUUCCUAAAAAAGCACGACAUCGGCCGGGCUUCGUUCAUUGCGCUGGAGAAGAUACAGCAGUACCAGCAGUAUUGUCACAGCCGAAUUCAGACACCCGAAAACGUUGACCGCCUGUUCGACUUGGUACGGGUGGAAGAUGAACGCGUACUGCCGGCGUUUUAUUUCGCCCUACGGGACACGUUGGUCGCUGACAAUCUGGAUCAGGGUCAACGAAUUGCGUACGGUGCCAAACGUUACCGCGUGGUGACGCUAAAUGGCGAUGUGAUCGAAACGUCCGGUACGAUGUCCGGUGGUGGUCGCUCGAUGCAACGGGGCCGAAUGGGCACCAAAGUGCAAACCAAAACGUCCGCUUCGGAUACGCCCAAAUCCAACAAAGAAGUCGAACAUCUGCAAGUGAAGGCACAGGAGCUCCAGUCGCAGAUUAACUUCCUGCAGGAACAGCAAGGGGAGUUGGAACAAGAAAUUCAAAAAUUAUCCGCUCAACUUAAGCACCAAGAAAGUGAAACCAAGCGGCUGAAGAUGGAUGUCAACAGUUUGACGGAACAGUUGCCUCGUCUGAAGGAACAAGUGGAACGGCAGGAGGAUCGGGUGGCCCAAACUCAUUCGGACCCAGAAAAAGUUCAAGCUUUGGAGGCAAAGGUCAAGGAAUGCAAAGCAGAACACAAAACUUCCAGCGAUGCUGCGAAUACCAUCCAGAAAAAGGUCGAUCAGAUAACGGCCCAAAUCACCGAAAUCACCAAAAGCAAAGUGAAAGAUCUGCAGACGAAAAUAAGCAACCUGACGAAACAAAUCGACAAACUGACAACCAACAUUUCCAAGCUGACGGUGGAAAUCAAAACUUCGGAGCGGAACGUUAAAAAAACGCAAGACAAAAUCCACAGUAUGGAAGAGGAAGUGGUGGCCGCCCAGACCGCCAUUCGCCAGGGCAACGACGAACGGGAAAAGCUGGACGAAGAAGCCACCGAAUUGAAGCGGGAAAUCGACGAACUGCAGCUGGAAAUCCAGAAAGCCCACGACGGUUCGUCCAGCAUCAAGAAGGAAAUCGUUGCCAUCCAGAAGCAGGAAGCCGAGGGCAAAAUGAAACGGCUGGAACUCGAACAAAUUCUGCAGGCGAUCGAGAAGAAGCUGGCCGAAGUGCGCGACACCAUCCCGCACUGGAAGAAUAAGCUGAAGCCACUCAAACUGCACGAGAUACCCGGUGAACCGACCCCGGAACCGUUGCGGGAAUACACCGAGGAGGAACUAGUCAGCUACAAGCUAGCCGACCUGCAGUACCAAAUCUCCAUCCAAGAGGAGAAGCUCAAUUCGAGCAAACCGAAUCUUUCCGUCAUCGAGGAGUUCCUCAAAAAGCAGGAAGCCUAUCUGCAGCGCGUUGCAAUUCUGGAAGAAAUCACCGCCAAGCGAAACGAAAUGCGUCAGCUGUACGACGAUGUGCGGAAGAAACGGUUCACCGAGUUUAUGCAAGGUUUUCACAUCAUCACCAAGAAACUGAAGGAGAUGUACCAGAUGAUUACGCUCGGUGGAGAUGCCGAGUUGGAACUGGUAGACUCUAUGGAUCCGUUCAACGAGGGCAUUGUGUUUAGCGUUCGACCACCGAAGAAAUCGUGGAAAAUGAUCUCCAAUCUAUCGGGCGGAGAAAAAACACUUUCGUCGCUGGCACUCGUUUUCGCACUGCACUACUACAAACCCUCGCCUCUAUACGUGAUGGACGAAAUUGAUGCUGCACUGGAUUUCAAAAAUGUAUCGAUUGUGGCCCAUUACAUCAAGGAACGUACGAAAAACGCCCAGUUCAUAAUCAUAUCGCUUCGUUCGAACAUGUUCGAACUGUCGGACUAUCUGGUUGGCAUCUACAAGGUGACGGACUGCACCAAUUCGGUCACGAUCAAAAAUGAUCCACCGAAGUUUCACUUUUCGGCCUCACAACAACAGCAGCAGUCGUUUGCCUUCAAUCCGAACCUAAGUGUGCAGUCGGAUCCGGGUGCGGAUCAUGGCGGUGACAAAUCGAAGGAUGGAACUGGUUCCCAAAAUGAGAAUAUUACAGUGAACGUGACGGAACAACCGUCGAUCUCAAGGUCCCAGCCGAUGGAGGUAUCGGUGGAUGCUAAUUAAGAUUAAAUUAUUGUGUCGGUUGUGUGUGUAUUUAAAUUUCUAUUGACGAUCCUGACUACCAUCAACUGUUGCUAGCUAUAAGACAUUAUUUUUGAGUAACCAUCAGAACAAGUACUUUUUGUAUGAGACUUUGUC